AUGACCGCUCCCACCAGCCCGCAGCGCUCCUCGACUCCCAGCAGCUCCUUCCCGACUCCCCUCGAGAUUCCCACCGGCGCCCAUGACGCCCACAGCGUCAUCUCCUCACGCAUGACCGACAUAGCCUCUGAGGAUGGCGACCCGCAGGAACUCCCUCAGGAUUCGCAGGUGCGCCGCGCAUCUCGCGUCUCUGGUGUGACCGGCCCGCCCGGCGAGUCUGGACUGCCGCCGUCGCGGCCCUCGUCCGUGUCGACUACUGGCAAUCGUCGGACUUGGUCUCGGGCCCCGCCUUCUCGCGGCACCACUGGACAGAAUGCAGGGCCUGGUAGCACAAAUAGCGGCGGCAACCGCCCCCCCACGUCGCAAAGCAAGUCACACGUCGCAGGAAUUCAACAGUCGGCUUUCUUCCGGCCCAUGAGCGCGCAAAGGCUACAAGGACAACGAGGGCAGCGACCAGGGUCCGUCCUGGGGCGCAACUCCCUCUCGCACGAUGGACAGAGUGAACUAGGUUUCAGCUCCUACCGCAACAGUAUUAAUUCGGUACCCAGCCAGGCCCAGAGCACCUCCCAGGAGCAGGAAGGACGGCCUCCCCCCUCUCCCACCGAGUUCAGCGAACGCGAGUACAUUCCCGACCGCACCACAGCAAAUACCACCCCUACUGUUCCCGAUACAGUCCGUAGCCACGGCGAGAGCAUAACCCCUCUGCAGCAGCCGCUUAGAAACGAGGCGCCUCCGCACCUGGACCUGUCGCGUGCAAACAAGUCUGGCUCCCUGGUUCCACCCGAAAAGAAGUCUCCACGCUCAUUUCGAUCCAGCUUCAUGCUACCUAGCCGUAGCCAUAAUUCCGGCUCCGUUCGUCCGCAAGGGCAGGGCCACGAGAAGUUGUCUUCGGCAGCGUCCUCACCCAGACUACAGGCGCAGGACACUGCAACGGACAUCACCAAGGCCGAGGUCCAGAAAGAAAUGAAUCUGGGGAAGAACUACGAGUAUUUCACCGGCAACACCGUUUUCUGCUGGGGUGGGAGACUGCAGAAUACUAGGGAUCGGCCUAUCAGCAUUGGAACUGCUUUACUUGUUGCGGUUCCUGCAAUUCUUUUUCUCAUUUUCUCGGCACCGUGGUUAUGGCUUAACGUUUCACCAGCGAUACCCAUUCUGUUUGCGUACCUCUUUUUAGUUUGCGUUUCUUCCUUCAUCCAUGCCUCCCUUUCCGACCCUGGCAUACUUCCUCGUAAUCUCCACCCGUUCCCGCCGCCGGAUCCCUCGGAAGACCCGUUGGCCGUUGGGCCACCCACCACCGAAUGGGUGAUGGUCAAAUCAGCCAGCUCUCAAACAGCUGCUAUGGAGGUCCCGACCAAAUACUGCAAGUCAUGCAAUAUCUGGCGCCCGCCUCGUGCACACCACUGCCGUGUCUGCGACAACUGCAUUGAGACGCAGGAUCACCACUGCGUAUGGCUGAACAAUUGUGUUGGCCGCCGCAAUUACCGGUACUUUUUCGUUUUCGUCAGUUCCGCAACGCUAUUGGGGGCCUUCCUGUUUGCUGCGAGCCUUGGUCAUCUUCUUGCCUGGACCUACGCCGAGGAAGCACGAACCUUUGGAGAUGCCAUCUCUCAUUGGCGCGUUCCCUUCGCCAUGAUGAUCUACGGCAUCCUCGUUACCUGGUACCCUGCCUCGCUUUGGUUCUAUCACAUCUUCCUGAUUGGCCGCGGUGAGACGACACGUGAAUAUCUUAACUCGCACAAGUUCCUGAAGAAAGAUCGCCACCGCCCCUUUACGCGAAAGACUCCUUGGCAGAACUUUGCGGCAGUGCUGCUCCGCCCUCGUCCUCCGACGUACCUCACGUUCAAACGCAAAUACGAGGAGGGAGACCAGCGCUUCGGCGAGCGUCGCGGAAAGCGCACUACCCCGCUCAGCAAGGACCAGCAAGGUGGGGUCGAGAUGCAAGACGUCAGCGGGCGGGCGACGGCUACAGGAGCUGGGCCCGGCACCAGCGGCGGACCGGCGGUUCCAAGUUUCCAGGGUCCGAGCAGCAGGGCCCGCACGCCAACGAAUAACAACAGCACGCCCAGAAGCCCUGCGGGUAGUGCUAGUCACGUUUGA